AUCCCUAUCCUCUCGCGCUGUCUCUCUGAGUCCCUACCGCUCCUUUGUAGUUUGCCGACUACAGAGAUCAUUCACAUCCGCCAUUAGAGAUCAGAUUCGCAGUCGAAUUCUUCGCCUCCUUGCCGAAAUUAGGAAGCCUCAUGGCCAGCAAAAGGAUUCAGAAGGAGCUCCAGGAUUUGCAGAGGGAUCCUCCUACAUCCUGCAGUGCUGGGCCUGUUGGGGAGGACCUCUUCCACUGGCAAGCUACGAUCAUGGGUCCAUCCGAUAGUCCCUAUGCUGGCGGAGUUUUCUUUGUCAUGAUCCAUUUUCCACCGGAUUAUCCGUUCAAGCCUCCCAAAGUCAACUUCCAAACAAAGGUUUAUCACCCAAACAUCAACUCAAAUGGGAGCAUCUGCCUUGAUAUCCUCAAGGAGCAGUGGAGUCCAGCUCUGACCAUAUCCAAGGUGCUUCUAUCCAUCUGUUCCCUCCUCACUGACCCUAACCCUGAUGACCCUCUUGUCCCAGAGAUUGCUCACAUCUACAAGAACCAGAGAACCCGAUACGAAGAGACAGCAAGAGCAUGGACCCAGAAAUAUGCCAUGAAUUAAGAUCCAAUUCCAUGCAUAUAGAGAUCCAAAUAGUUCCGAAGAAGAAGCAGCAGCAGCAGGCAGGUAUUAGAGUUCAUCAGUUAUCCAAUUAAUUAAUUAAUGUGAGAGUGCAAAAACUAGAAUAACUUGGUGCAUGUUAAGCUUGCUUUCUGACGAUGAAACAAACUGAUACGUCAGAACAGAAUUGCUUGAUGAUAAUGUGUUUGGUUUUUGUAUAAUAUAUAUAUUAUAACUAUUAUAUAUGGAUAGAUGGGGGGAUAUCAUAUGGCAUAUGGGGAUGGGUUUCUCUUCUUACCAUACCCCUGCUGUUCUCGGCGGGUUUCAGCUAUCAUCAACGUAUCGGUUGUUUGCUUUGUUCCUUCUUCCCGAUGGAUAGGGAAAUUAA